CAAUAAGAUAUUUAUCGUCCGCGUGGAUGGAAGUCGAGGCCGUGGCCCGAGUCCACCGAAGUCACCAUUGUAUCUACCGGGGAGUGAUGUAUGGCCGUGGAAUUGAGUCUGGCCACAGGUUGGACAGCGGCUCCCCUUUCUGGAGGAUUCAACUCGAUCAGGAUCUUCUAGACACCAUCAGCGCGAUAUACCCAGAGUGGUUUAAGGACUAUACUAACAGCCGUGCCUCGACUUCCUCUUCGUCGAGUACUUCCGGUGCUCAGUUGAACAACGAAGGCAUCGUGGCAGGCGAUAACAGCGUCGUCCUUGAGCACAAGGUCGUCAAAGGCGAUUCCAAAUCGAAAUCCAAGGCGAAGAAGGUGGACGGCAUCAAGGACAAGGAGAGAGAUAGAAAGGAAGGCAGACGCGAAUCCAAAGACGAAAGCGUGGCAGGAAGGAAGAGCACGGCGGGUGUUCCAGGAUCAGACGCGGAGAUGGCCGAGGGUAAUCAGUCGCCGCCGAAGGCGGAGGUCGACGACUCGCCCCUUCAACACGCCAUGGAUCGCAACAAGGAAUCGUUGAAGGUGAAGCUUAUGCUGAGGCGGCCCAUCAAUCAACUGGUUGCGCAAGGUAUCAUGCCACCUCUGAAGACACCGCCGGCGUUUCACGAACAACGUAAACAGCUAGAACGAGCGAAAACCGGCGAUCUGCUGAAGGCGAAAAUUCAGCAGAGACCAGGCAGGGAGGAGCUGGUUAGGCAGCAUAUCCUCGAAGAUGUAGGUCACGUGGAUCCAAGCCUGGCCGAGAGGCAACGUAUGUUGAAGAAGGCCAGGUUAGCUGACCAGCUGAACGAUCAACUCAGUCAUCGACCUGGACCGCUCGAGCUCAUCCAGAAGAAUAUUUUGCACACGGAGGAGCCCAUUGAAAGGGCGGUCAAAGAGGGUCACAUUCCCUUCAAGGCAACCUGCGAAGGACAGGUUACGAAGCCUCAGCAUCCGGACCAUUAUAUCACCUUCGAGGACGAUUCUCAGAGUUCCGAAGGUGCACCCUCGCCGCAGUUGGAGUCCCGGGCGGACGUUCUGGAAACGGCGGCAGCCUCUGCGGGCAUAGUGACCGUUUCUCUUAGUAUUCCAACAACCGGCGGUGCCGUGGUCGUCUCGUCCACGUCGCCGGUGUUUCAGCAAGCGUCUGGCGAGUCGACGAUACAAACGUUCGCGGAAUUAUGCAACACCGUGGUCGGUUCUCAGCAACAACAGCAACAGUCUCAACAACAGGCUCAACACAACCAACAGCAUGUUUCCAGCCAGGCAAGUCAGACAAACGGGCCAUCGACGACCCUCCUUCCACUGGCGCCGGCGCCCAGUCCGAUGUCCUUGGGUUCUACCACGUCGAGCCUCAGUCCCCUUUCCAAUAUCUCGAUAGCGUCGCCACCGGCACCACCGCCGGCUGCCAUCACGCCGAGACCACAACCUAGCCCCAUUGCAGCGUCCGCGUGUCAAAGGACCGAUGCUCCUGGCAAAGACAAGAACAGGAAGAAAUCCAAAACCAAAAGUCAACCGAAAACGCGCACCAUCAAGUUUCACGAGUACAAAGGCCCGCCAAACGCGCAAAAGACGUCCGUGUCGUCUAGCACUUCCGGUCUUGGCUCGGCGCCUCCCGGCGAAACUAGCUACGAGCUCCUCCUUCAGCAGCAGCAACUUUUCCUGCAAUGGCAGCUCGAAUGGCAGCACAAGUAUCCUCAGAUUAUUCUACCGGCAGCACAAAAACCGUUGUCCCUGAAUAGCAGCGGCGCCAGCGACGCUGGAAGCAUCAGCGGAAGCAGCGUCAACGCGCCGAGUCCUGCACCCUCAAAUUCCUCUAAUAACCCCUCGGAACAACCUCCGUUGAGGCCUUUAGGCAAGCUGGAGGAUAUGAAAGUAAGCGAUCUCAAAGUGGAAUUGAAACGUCGAAACUUGCCAGUAUCUGGUUCGAAACCACAACUUAUCGAAAGAUUAAAGCCUUUCACGGAAUCGUCCAGCAGCAACUCGACGUCCAACUCGAAUGGUCCGCACGUGACGCAUAUGGGUCACAUAUUGAUGGACACACCGGGACCAAUGACGUCCGACGAGUCUAGUUCGCAUGCCAAAAGUCCUGGUUCCACCGUCAAGGAUGAACCCAAUAGUCCACGAAUGGACUCUCCGCAUGGCAGUGAACACGAUGACCCAUCGAGUCCACCAGGAGACGACAUAAUCAAAGAGCAAAGAAAGCGAAUAGAAGAAUUGCAGCGAGAGUUGUAUAAAUCGCAGCAGCAACUUCAACAAAUUCGUCAAACUCAACCGACAACCGUUCACGCUGAGAAACUAGUACUUCAGCAACAUAUACAGAACAAGAUGCAGCAACAACAGUUGGCGUUGCACUUACAACAGUUGCAGCAUCUACAGCAACAGCAACAACAACAUCAGCAGCAGCAGCAACAGCAACAACAACAGCAGCAGCAGCAGCAGCAGCAACAACAACAACAACAACAACAGAAUCAACAACAAUCACAACAGCAUGCCACGUUUCAACAGUUGAACGCGAAAGCGAGCCUUGCCGCGUUCUUGCAAGCACAACCGAACAAUACUACCGCCAUUCUGGACUCGACCACCUUGACCGCGAUUAACAACAAGAAAAACCAAACAAAGAACAACGCUACUGUACAAAUUCCUGCUGCGAUCGUUUUCAAUUUACCAAAACCUACGAAAUUGAAUGGCUCGUUGAUUAGUGCUUUAGUGGCGCAAGCACAGGCACAGCAGCAACAACAACAACAACAGCAGCAGCAGCAGCAGCAACAGCAGCAGCAACAACAACAACAGCAACGGCAGCAGCAGCAACAACAGCAGCAGCAGAAUGUCGCGUCCGAAGAAGGCAAACCACCGCCGCCUCAGUACGACGAAGCCGCAAAACUUUUGAAGGUAAAGAUCGAGCCAGUUCCGAAAAGUCACAUUAAAAGUCAAGUUGUGGACGACGUGUUGGAGAUUCUGAUUAAGAACGGCGAAUUACCACCAAGCGCUGCUCAGGAUCCGGCUACGCCGACUACACCCAACAGACAACUCCAACAGAAUCUGGUGUUCACAGCGCCGGCAGACAGUCAGACACAUUCGUUGGUUUUCACCGCUGCUAGUCCAAUCAGUCCGAUCAGUCCGAUCGCGAUGGAGGUUUCCCAAAGCGAUUGCGUGAGUUCACCGGCACCGGCACCACCGCCACCACCCCCAUUGCCUCUGGCCACGUUCUCGAUUCAAUUACCCACUGCGUUACAACAGUUACAGCAGCAGGAGGAGAUCACGUCGUUCAACACGGACCUAUUAAGUACCGAGGGUGACCUGGACACUGCGAUGUUGCUCAGCCCACAGUCCACGCAACAGACAUCGCCUGAUCCUCAACCACCGCAGGAAGUCACAUCCUCGGAUAACGCUAACUUAGACCUGAAGGAACUUGAACUAGACCUGGACACGAUGGAUUUCAGCCAAUUGGACUGUGAUCUUGGAGUGAAAAUGGAAGCGCAACAAGAACUGAUGGACAUCGGAGAUAUGCCCAUGGACAUGGACGACCCAGACUGGUUAGACUCUCUGAUGCGACAAUCACCUCCGACCGCUUCGACGACCGUUUCUAAUCACCAACCACCUCCAACGAGUAUGUCGAGUGGUACGGACAUAUACGAUCCAUUGUUGGCCAGCAGUCAAGAUCCGUUCGACCUGUUCAACAUGGAAGAUUCCGAUUUCAAAAUGUCGUCCGAUUUGUCGCUAACCUGGGACAAAGUCGACUUUGCGACCUAGCCCGAGUUUCCCUUGUGGUGCUCGGCCCUGUGUACUUAAUUAUUAUCGACGGAAAAUCGGGAAAGCUUAUCGCGAAACGCGGGAAGAUUUUGGGGCAGUGUCAGCCCAGGUGCUUAGCGUGUUGUGAUCAAUUAGUGACCCGUCUGGUGCAUUUCAACAAAUCGUUUCGCGGAUACUUGCCUCUGUUCUGUUCUCUGUUAGCAAUUCCAGCCUUCUAUGGAUAUACCGUGAACAUUCGAACGUACUUACGCGCGAACAUUAACGUUUCGCGCAUCGAGCGGAGGGACUCCCGCUUGCGAGUAAAGUAGCUGUACAAUCGUCAUGAUCGACGAAUCUAGGUGAGUAAUUGAGGAAUGCACAAUCGCGGGAGGAUCUUAUCGUGGAAGCAACCAGACCGCGAUGCGGUUGAAAUUUUUCGAAGAUUUUUUUUUAGAACUUCGAUCUUUCUCGGUUAGUAAAAAAAAACCGAUGCGCGUGUACGUUUCGCAAGAUCCGUCGCGUUAAACUCGAAAAUCCGUUUCCGUUAAUUAUAACGGAGAGAAACGAUAUCGAUCGAUCGAUCGUUAGAAAUAGAACGAACGUACAGCAGAAAGUGUGGCGAGGACUCGAUCGUCCCGGUAAUCGGGAAUAAAACAACGACGAGACGUCUUCAAAAUUCUCCAAAGAAUUUCCUUGCGAGCGUUCUUAGCUAGUUUUUACUAUCCAGUCUACAAUGGUGUGCUGCUUCGGUUUUAAUAACUGCGAAAUAGCGUGUGUGUUAAACUGGGAAACAAGAAAAAUGGGAAAGCUGCGUAUGUGUUUUUUCUCGUGUGCUUCCCCCCUCUUCCCCAUCCUGUUCCCACCGCCACUUUCCUCUUCCGUACACUUCCUUCCCCUAGCUUCAAAAACAGUACCAUAUUCGAUUGUAUUAACGUAAUCAGGAUUAAUGAUUAUUAUUAUUAUUAUUAUUAUUACCAUUUUACAAGAAUAAUAUAAUAUAAUAUAAUAUAAUAUAAUAUAAUAUAAUAUAACGAUCGUAAAACUAUGUAUCUGUGUAUACGCGUAUAGAUACGUGUACGUGAGUACAUACAUACAUAUGCGUAUAUGUAAAAUAAUCGAUACAUGCUGCGUUCGAAAGUCAAGAUGACGCGAAAGGAAAAAACAAGCACUACUAAAAGAAAACGAAAGAUCGAAAGAAGCAAGCUCGAUGACUUUCCUAUACAGACAUGUAUCAUUUUCUAAGCCAGAGCAUGUGAUUUUAGAGGUUACACAUACAUACUUUUUAAUCGGUUAUAAUCGCAUAGAAAUGGUCGGAAUGAUUGCGAACAGAAAAUUGUACCGAUGUCAGGGUAUCGUGCGGUUCUACUGUUUCUUCGUUUUCCCUCUUACGAGUCUUUUUUUCUGUUGUUUUUUUUGUGACAUUCCAUGUUUUCAAACUCGCACUAGCAAGAGAUCGAAGCUACCGCGUAUACCGCGAGCAACGCUUCUGUACACUGUACUUAAGCAAAAAGAGAAAAAGAACGGAAGGAUUCGUCUCAGAAUCUUGAUUGGCCAAAACGAAACGUUUCAACGGAUAUCCUUGUCUGUGUAUAUUGCAAUCUAAUUGCAAUUCUAGCAGUAAACGUUAUAUGUUUAUGUUUAAUUCAACUUCAAACUGAAUCAUACUUAUGCGUUAGUGUGAUAUUAGAAAAAAAAAUGAAACGAUUACGUUGAAAUUUCGUGUAUUUCGUAGCAUACGACGAUACAUGUAACUUCUCUACGAAAUAUUAAACGGGCUAAAACGAAUAGCGCCUCGCAUUUUUCUGAGACAUUCUUUGCAGAACCAAGUGGCUUCGUACGUCGACGUAACGAUAAAGGAUCGCACUGCCUAAAUCGGUAAUAAAAGGAGCAAAUGGUGAAUGCGUACUGUGUUACCGAGCGUGGAUAAAAUACGUGAAAAUGUACCGAACAAUAUCGAUUCGUAGUGAUGGGCCAUGAAACGCUUCGUUGAAAAUUUUAUUCGAAUCAUAAAAGUAUCGAUACUCUUUGAACGUUUGAAAGUAUUAUCAAUUUCGAAGAUUUCGGAGGCCUCGAACAUCUUGAAAUUUUGAGAGUAUUAAAAUUAUUGAAAAUUUUCAAACUCACGAGUGUAUCGUUUUUAAAAAAUACUAACAUUUCAAGCGUUUUAACGAUGCGACGAUUCGAAUAAAAUACAGAAUGAUUUCCAAGAGGAAAUUUUCAGCAGCCAUCGCUACGAGUACGUAAACAAUGACGGUGCUAAUUGGAACCCCAUUAGAAUUAUCAAUUAUCCCUGAAACACAACCAAUUUAAUCGCAAACUUUUCCUGCGCGAUAGAUAUCAACGGUAUAAUUUGAAAUACUACUACAAAAAGUUACGAAUAAUUCAUUUCAAUGAAUAUCGACGAACAAUUUCUAGAUACAGAGAGUGUUUUGUCGAUUCAAGUAGAUUAGGCGUGAUCCCUUUAUUUCACGAUCAAAAGUGGCAAUUUGGCAAACGUACGUAUAUACAAUAUACAAUCGUCGAACAAUGAUCAUAUCACCCCAUAUCGCACAAAUGAACAGCAAAGGUAUGCAACAUUCCAAACUUUCACACGCAACAGAGAAACAUCCCACGAACCUCGAAACACCAUGUUCCUCGAUUGAAUUUCGAUUGAAUUUCGAUUGAAUUUCGAUAGAACUUCGAGACAACUUGAUCGAACUUUCAGCUUUCUAUCUGCUACUUUACGUAAUUAAGAAAAUAUUAAUGCUGCUUUAUAAUCUAUUUGAAUGAAAUGAAAUUUAUGGUACUCCCGGUGGGCAGUCGAAUUAAGCUUUUGUAGUAGUAACGCUAUUAGACAGUUUCGUUUUCUUUUCUUUUAUCAAUCGUUCGAUUGCGUUACAUACGAGACAUCGGCGCUUUAAUUCACGGCGUCAACUCGUAAUCGAUAUCCAUUCGAAAUCUGUGCAUUUAAAAGUCAAAAUUGAUUCCUGUUAACCGGAUGAUCAUAUAUGUAGGUCGCUUGAUGUUCAUGCUACUAACGCUGCAUUUAAAUCCUAGUAUUGCGAUAGACAAAACGAAAAAGAUGCAUCACGCUUUCGCCAUAAGAAAGAGGGAACAUGGUGGGUAAACGAGGUAGAAGAUUGUGCCAAAAAUCCCCUUGCCACCGCGUAUCGCCUCAUUACACAAAUUCUACCACCCGUUGCCAUGACAAUAAACGUUCUUAAUCGCGUUGUAAAAUAAUGUAUCAUAUGUGAGCUAGAAUCGCGACUGCUGUUGAUACGACGUCGGUGAGGCGGAUUAAUACGUAAGAAUUUAGGGGAAAGUUUCAUAAACAAUUACAACGAUAACGAAUCCGCCAAAAAGACGAACAAAACACGACGUACGAUCCCCUUAUUUCUUUUUUCUUUCCUUUUCUUUUCAUUUUCUUUCUUUUCUUCAAUUAUUUCUCAACGUAUCGCAGCAAAAAUCGUUUCUUAGCCUUGCUAUCCUGUAAUUAUUUUACUUUCUUCGAAUCAUGAAAUCUAUUGAUGAUUGAUUUGUCAGGCUGUGCGAAUCUGGUAGUCUGUCGUGAGACGCGUGAAAGUGUCUUUUUCUUUGUAUAAUAAGAUGUAUGAGAGUGUAUCGAAUGAAAAUAUAAAGAAAAAAAAAGAAGUGGAACAAGAACACGUAACGGAACGGAUGAGAUUUCAGGAUGCAAAACUCGUCUGUGCGUGGAGUUUAUUUGUGAAAGAUAUUUGUAUAACAACACUACGCGCGAUUGCACCGAAUACAAUGCAAGAUUCAAACACAAAUAAAUAUGAACACCCGUACGUGCACGCGCGGAUACACACACACAUACAACAAUCACAUGAACAUAUUUUGUAUGAGUAUGCGAAGAAGAAAAGAUAUAAGUUUUGUUAAGUAUCUAUGAACUUAUUGUAAUAAUGUACGAUUAAGUAACGAUCACGUAAUUAUUGCUAGAGAGAGUGUUAUUUAUUUUUAUUUGUUGCAAAUUUAUCGAUUGCCUUCCAUUUGAGUAAAUAAAUAAAUUUAAAGUUA